AUGACAAGCCUUUCGAGGUUUAGUGGCUGCCCUCUCUCUUGCGUCAACCCCGGGGAGAGCAAUACUGAACCCAGCGUGGUGCUGCCACCUUUGGCAGGAGAGCACAUGGGACUCCCCACUGGCAGUUCCUUAAAACUCUGCCCCUCGCACAAUUUGCGAGACUACCCCGAGACGAGGUCCAGUGCCUAUGUUGACCACUCGGUUCCCAGUUUUUCAGACUCUGGAUACCACAGCCACCGGUUAGAGCACAGCCCCAGGGGCAUUAUCAUUGGAGCCAACCUUUCUGGAGCCGGCAUGCCACCCGUCACUGAUCAACUGGCAUCAAGAGCUAACCAACAUGGCGGGAUUGGAAGGUAUCGUGACUUCCACGGCUACAGAGACAACAGAAGCCAUGCUUUUUUCUCAAGUUAUCAGGAGCAGGCCCACACCUCCACCGACGCAUCUCGAGAUUUCGGAAGCCAGAUGAUGCUGGGUCUCCCUGGCGACCUCCUCGGCCGGAGUCACCCUUAUGGCCAAGCUAUCAACCCCAAGGGAAACAGCCAGCAACUUGUCUCCCAAUUCCUGGGUCUGUACAAACCCCUCAACAUGGCAAUUCAGCGUGGAGGAGGCGACGCUUUCCUCAGGUGCUCUAAGCAAACUGUGAAGCAUGAGCUGGUGUGCAGGUGGAGUGACGGCCAAGAGGGGGCCGGGAAGCUGUCCUGCUCCAGAGCCUUCGGGACCAUGUAUGAACUUGUCACCCAUGUGACAGUGGAGCACGUCGGAGGACCAGAUCACUCCGAAUAUGUGUGUCACUGGGAGAACUGUGCGAGGGACAGGAAGCCUUUCAAAGCCAAAUACAAGCUGGUGAACCACGUCAGAGUGCACACAGGGGAGAAGCCCUUUCCCUGCCCCUUCCACGGCUGCGAGAAAGUUUUUGCACGAUCAGAGAAUCUUAAAAUCCACAAGAGGACUCACACAGGUGAAAAACCUUUUAAAUGCGAGUUCGAGGGCUGCAACCGGAGGUUCGCGAACAGCAGCGACCGAAAGAAGCAUUCUCACGUGCACUCCAGCGACAAACCCUACAUGUGUAAGGUCAGGGGCUGCGACAAGUGUUACACGCACCCGAGCUCCCUGCGCAAGCACAUGAAGCUCCACUGCAACAAGGCCAUGCACGUCCCCAAGAGCGAGGACGCGCGUCCCGGUGACGCGGAGGCCAGGUCAACCCGGGUCCCGGACGGAUCCCACAUCAGCCCUCUUCAGCCGUCCACUCAAGAUGUCCCCAUGUCCCCAGAGAGUCGAGACGAGUCGACCCCGAGGUCACGUUUCCACCACCCGUUUGACAGCAGCGUGGACUACUCCACACACAGGUCCCAGCCCCUCCUGGACCCUCUGCUGCUCCAGAGAGGCAGCUACAGGUCCCAGUCCUCCCAGUACCCCUGCGGCCAGACAGGUCACACUUUUGCCCAGAGCUCAAGGACUUUCCCCUCCACUUCUCCCUUUCAGAAAAGUAUUGUCAAUGGAUGGUACACAUGCCACAGCGGCGUGGACUCGUUCCCACCAAAGCAGUGUAACAACAUCCCGUCUCUUUGA